AUGGCACCGACGCAGCUCAGCAUUGUGCUGGAGCGCAUGCUCAACGAACUCGGGAUAGCCGACCUCACGUUCGAGGCUCGCGGCCCGACGGACACAAUGCCGGCUACUGACGUCGUCUCACCGGUGCCUUGGAACGACGUCAACUUCCUGAUCGUCACCGAUGUUCAUUCUUGGAUUGCCGGCCAUCGGCACCCGGAUCACACACUGGCGCUCGACGCGGACUAUGGGCACGUGCUGUCCCUGCACGAGCGCCUAGCGGAAGUCGCAGCGGCCAGAGGCUGCGACCUCUUCCUGGUGCAGAAUGGCGACCUCAACGACGGCACCGGAUUCUCCCGGACGCCGCCCGCGGUUCUCGUGCCGCUGCUGCAGCGCAUGCCAUUCGAUGCACUCACAACGGGCAACCACGAGCUGUACGAGAACGAAAAUAUCGACUAUCUCGCGCAGCCUGGCGGGUUCAUCGACUCGUGGAAUGGAAGCUUCAUCACCUCAAACACGUGA